UUUAAACAUGAGCUUUUCGGGUUUGGGGGGGAUCUCGCGAGAACUCACACAAUCUCGCCGGUGUUUGCAGUCAACACCAGCUGAUUCUUGUGGAGUCUGUUUAAUUCGGUUUAUUUUGCAUUUCGCAGAGUAUUAACUCGUUCCAGGUUAAUUGUUUAUUCACGUUUAGACAUUAAUAAUGGCAGAGACUGAUCCUAAAUCUGUCCAGGAUCUUACAGCAGUGGUGCAGACGUUGCUUCAGCAGAUGCAGGACAAAUUCCAGACCAUGUCAGAUCAAAUCAUUGGAAGAAUUGACGAGAUGAGCACACGUAUUGAUGACCUGGAGAAGAACAUUGCUGACCUGAUGACUCAGGCAGGUGUGGAGGAGGCAGAGGGGGAGAACAAGCCCAAAGGAGAGGCUUCUUAAUGAAGGUUGUUUAGUGAGGACGUUCCAGCAGACUUUUCCCCAGCGGUGACUGCUUAGAUUUGUGUUGUAUAGGUUUUUUUUUAUACUGACUUACGAUCAUAUUUACAAUUCCUAAUAGUGCAACUUCUUCAAAUGUAGGUUUUCUUUAAUACGUUUUUAACCCAGUUUAAGGCCAACUGACAGCACGGUUGAUGCCUGUUAUUGUAAUAUGAGCACUGUGUCUGCCAACCCGUCACCAUUCCACCUUCAAUGGAAUUUGUGCAAUUAAAAUGGUUUCAUACAAAACAA